AUGGCGACCCUUACGGAGGCACCACCCGCCGACGCCAUCGAUCCCGAGCCGGUCAGCCCCGAAGCCGAGGUUUCCCAGAAGCGCAAAGCUGCAUCGGUAUCUGAGGAGCCCGAAGAGACGUCGAAAAGACCGAGAAUCGAGGAUGCCGACCAUCGCGACCAGCGCGCGCAAGAGCCCAGAGUCUCGCCAACAGCCACGAGGUCGCGCGAUGCGGACGUAGGCGGCAGCGCCGCCCGUCGGGGCAAUCUGUCAAAAGAGGAGGAGAAGAAGCGCGGAAAGAGACUAUUUGGCGGUCUGCUGAGCACGCUCAGUCAGACCAACACCAGCUCCCAGCACAAGAAGCGCAGGGAGGUCGAACAGCGACAGCAGGAGAGGGCGCAGAAACAAAGGGCGGAGGCCGACAGGAGGCGGGCGGAGAAGCUUGACAGGAUCACCGAGGUGCGCUGGCAAGAGCAGAUCAAGUUUGAUGAGAAAGUCAUGAAGACGCGGCACUCCAACAUGCUUGCAAUGGCGCAUUCGCUCCGGACAAAGACACAGCCUCAAAUCUUCUUCCGGCCAUGGAAGCUCACCAGGGAGCAAGAAGACGAGAUAGACGAUCAGAUACAGGACGCCAAGGCGACCAUCGCGAGAGAGGUCGAGGUUUUCAACGAGCGAAGAGAAGAGCACGAGCGGCGCUACGGUCGGAGCAGGCCGCCCACGAGACAAGAGCAGUCUGCGCCGGUGACUGCUGAAGCUUCGACAGAUGCAACCUCCGCCCCAGAAGCUCCACCAGCGGAAGCUUUAAAAGCCGACACUAAUACAUUGUCGCACGACACUGAGAGACACGACCGAGAGCCGCACGAUGAGUCUGGCGAUGUUGUCGAGGACGCCGAGGAGGAUAUGGUGAUAUACUAA